UCGUCGUCUGCAUUAAAGGCCAAGUGACAGCUCGAACUAUAUUGUUGACAUUCGUAUGAAAAUUACGCUACCGCGUCGUACUUACGAAAAAUGUAAUUUUAUAUAUUAUUAAGAUCGAGAUAUACAAGUGGACUUUCCCUUUUUUUUCGUUGAUAUAAAAACUUUAAUUAAACGAUAUUGGUGAAUUGUGUAUACAUAAGAAGGAAACUCUGAAUUAAAUGAUAAUCGGUGUUUGGGGAGUAUAAUUACAUUGGGCUAAUAGAUUUGAAGCGCUUAGCGAUUACGAUUAAAGUGGUACCUAUAAACCCUUCGAGCUGUUCCAUAUUGAUUAGUAUCUUUUAGUAGUUCUAACAAUGACUGCUUAUUGGAAAACUCUGUUCAAGCACCGUCGUAAACGUUGUUCUCAGUAGUACGUUCUCGACAGUGAACGAUAAAGUGCGUGCGUAAAAGUGAAUCAAUCCGUAUGGUAUUACGCGCAGUUACUACGGCGUCACUUUCUAAACAGAAAAUAUUAAUUUUUUUUAUCGAUAAUCAAUUUUUUUAAUUGUUUUGAUGUAUAUUGAUAAAUCCGUGUAAAAAAAAUCAAACAUAGCGCGCAGAAAAUUCACGACACGGUGAAACCUACGUACAACGUAAAAGCGUUGCCAUUAAGGGUGUCCAUGGUGUUUUUGCAUCCGAUUUCACGCCCCUCUCGUGAAAUAGGAAAAUAGAAACUGACGAUUGUUUUCGCGAAUUAGGAUUAUCGUUGGUGACUAGUUUAGCGAUUGAUCUGUUCGGUAUUUCAUUAAAGAUUCGAGGUCCAGUGAGGGGGAAUCGAUCAGUGGUCCCGGGUGUAUGUGGUAACGGAAACAACGCGAUCGAUUCGAAUCGGUGAAAUUGUAAAAACGUGGUGAAACGAACAAAGAGAAAGACGGUUUCGGAAUGACCUGUGGCGGUGGCAAGAUCUCGUUAGAAAUAUCGGGCGGGGAGGAGGAGGCAUGGAAGCUGAAGCUGGUCGGCAGUCUCACCAUCAGGGGCUGCAGCUUACCCUGCCAUCCCCGGGAAUCCCCGGACUAGACGUUGUCAGGGCCUUGCAUCAGACUGUGAUAUCGCUGCGCUCUGCGCUGGAUUCUUCGCGGGAAGAGCUUCGCCGUCUUAAGCAGAGCGUUGGUGAUUUUUCUGGCGAGAGCUACGUUGACGUCGUCGAGAGGCUCGCUCUUGAGAAUCACGUCCUUAGGCGAAAGAUUCUAAGCAGGAAUAGUGAGUUUUCUAGUGAUGCUGCCACAAGCCCGCCGCCCCAGGCCCGUCUUUUUUCACUCGCAGUAGAAGACGUCAAAGAUCUGUCAGAGCAAGCAGGCGUACUCAUGGACGCGUCCAGGGACAAAGUCGACACGGAGGGCAUGGCAGAGGCACCUAAGCCGGUCAUCGAGCCUCGUACCGAUAGCAACACCAGUGGUAACGGCGAGAUUCCCGAUCUGCAGUCUCGUAUGGUCGAGAAAGUGCCUAACAGUCAUGUAGAAUCCUCGUCCAAAUCGGAAUCCAGGAAUCAGGUGUCGAAGUGUACGAUGUCGAGAGACGCGACUGUUGUUAAAUCUCAGGCUGGAAUAUCUGGCGUCAGUUCGGACGAUACGGUGAAGAGUGGGACUUCGAACGACCUGGCUUCCGCCUUGACGAAUAGACGAUCCAAGGACGUCGAGGCGGAGGAUGGGAACGCGGCGCAGGUCGAUCACUUGGAGGUGCCAGAGAAGGAUCUCGAGGAUCUGAGCUUGAAAUCCGUUUCCGACGGAGACAAUUCGGUGUUCAGCGAUAAUCCGGACACGCAAGUGUUGCAGCAGCAUCAACGCCAGAAUCAAUUGGCCGACCAGCCGAAGCCGAACGAUCAAUCCGAGAACGAGUCCGAGGAGUUGGACGAUAUCGAGCUGAUAUUCACCACGGACGAAACUUGUCGCGAUCUUGGUCUUCAGGAAGAUCUCGUCUCCAUAACCGAGACCGAAACUUGGCCACAGUCUGCGCCUACUGGUCAACCGGCAUUGUUGAAGUACGCUAAAUCAGCCGAGGGCGAGUCCUUGGUGUGCAAUGGCGAGAAGACCAGCUCCGUCGAGGAAGCGGUUUCUUCGCAGAGCUCGAGCAUCGAUCGCGAGGAAAGCGUGGAUAGGUUCGACGAAAGUUCUAGCACCAGGUUGAACAAAAUAUGGUCUCAGUGCUCGGUGCUGGUCGAAACAGAUAUCAGCAAGUGUGGAGUUGUCGAAGAACCUGACCAUGCUACCAGACACGCUGUCAGGAGGAACACUUUAGCCGCGCCACCUACUGCAUACAGACCGAUCAUUCAUCGUGAAGCUUUAGCGGGUAGUCGACGAAAGAGCGCGGCACCAUUGAGACCGGUGAUGGACAGAAUCAGCGGAGCAAGACGAGAGUCUGGUGCCCAAACUGACAUUUCUGCGCUUCCAGCCCACUGGCGUUCCGAGAGUUAUCUCGCGCACAAAGUGGCUCAUACGUUCACCACGUUGCCCAGCAAGUUCGCUCUGCCUACCGGGGUGCCUGGAAGACUUCGAUUGUCCGACAAAACCCGGGAAGCUAGAAGAGUAAUGCUAUCGGACAUCAGCUUCACUAGCAUGGUGCCAGAGUUGUCCAGAAGCGCUGAUCAUCUCUGCCACGACCCACACGCACAGACUUGUUUCAGUUCUCGCGGCUGUGGCCUUCGAACACCGGACGUGCAUCGCCGCGAAUCGCUCGGCUCUCCUGCAGGAUUUUGGCCUCGUUGCAACCCCAGCACAGGACUUCCGAGUCCGUGCGAUUGCCGCCUCUCCACCGACUUUUACUCCUCUCGAUAUCGUGGCUCUUUGUCUUCGAUCCCGUCGCCUGGAUUGGAGGUUGUCGGUGGGCCGUCUCGAAGACACUCGUGGAGAGCAACCGCGACGUCCUUCGAUACCUGGAGAGUUCCGGCGGCCACUUCUACCCCCAGACCAACUUGGUCCUCUAUGCCCUCUUCGCCUACACACGUGCACCCUCCUGCGACGUCCUCGAAAGCUUCUAAGAGCGUUCCAAAGAGAACGCGAUCGAAGGUCACUUUCCAAGAAUGUCCGAUGACGCGAGGCAGUCUGCCAAAUCUGCGCUCGGAUUUGGUGACCGGCGAUAACAGCGGCGAUUCGACCGAAUCGUUGAUCGACGAGGCUGAGGAUUAUUUACGACGGAGCAUCGACUCGAUGCUGACGAUCUCCAGUAGCGGCGUCAGUUCCGAUUAUUGGAACCGACAGACAGCCAGGCGGAGACGUACGCGGCGAUACUCCGAGCCCGAUCUAAUCCGUGAUUGGCAUCCCCCGCAGGAUGCUAGACCGUACCUGCCAAAGAUACCAAGAGAUCUCAAGCUGGAUCAUCUCGUGAAGGUUAUAUCGCCGGAGGGUAAAGUUCUUCAAGGACGAGUGAGAUACGUCGGACCUGUACCAGGUCGAGAGGAAACUCACGUAGGUGUGGAGUUACCCUAUUUGAAUGGCUCCUCCGACGGCACUUUUCACGGCAGGAGAUUCUUCGAUUGCGAUCCUGGCCGUGCAAUCUUCGUUCCCUUCAAGAAAGUGAUUCUGGCCUGGUGCACAACCUGACCCGAACCGCCGACCAGCCUCACGACUCCCCGAAUUUUGCUGUCUCAGUACACCAUGUGAAUGGAAGAAGAAAACGAUGAAACACGUACGUACGCGCGAUCUCUGAUGGUUUCAACAAGUACGUGACGCUCCUUUCCGUCGUGAUCAUCCACGAAGCUUCACUUAACGUACAAAAGCGGAGAAGGGUAAGUUCAGGUGAGAAGGAGACGCUUCGAAAGCUUCGCGAAGGGACGUUUGACGGUGGUCGAUGCGGCCGACGUACGUCGCAAACUCCAAACAACGAUCGGAAUUCGAAUCGUGUAUUUCGUCGAUUUUAAGCUGAUUCGUGCGAAAUUCCAUCCGAAUUUCUUCUUUUUUCCGAUCGUGCGAAGUACGUUCGAUCGCAUCGGCAAACGGACCUCGUUUCCUCGCCGGUACCUUGCGACGGAGAAAGGUGUUUCCAUCGAUAAUCGAUGGUCGUACGCGUUGGUGUAACGAUGAAGACGAGAAGAGUUUCCGCUCUUUGAAAUUCGAAAAUGAAGAAAUAAUAAUAAACGAUAAAUGCCAGCGUGCAACGAUCUUCAUCGACGCGUGUACUUAGGAGAUGUUCUCGAUAUCUCGUUGCCGAUCUCUGCGAACGAUUUCCGCCUGAAAAUCGCUGAAUCAGUAUUAUAAUUGUCGCGCGGACCUGUAUGUUACAAACCGCGUGUAUCGUCGAACAGAUGCGCAAGAAGAUAACCGCAUCGAUGAAUCUCUCGCGAUACUUCGCAUCGAUCGAUCCGUUCGUGAACGAUUCGAACUGAUAGCAAAGGAGUGACAGAGCGAGAGGAACAAGUUCUUCGGAAAAUAUUCAGAUUUAGAAAAGUUCGUCGUAAUGCUAAUCUCUCGUCGUCGUAAUCGCAAUGAAGGACUCGUUAUUGUCAUUUACGAUCGUCUUUACCUGUUUCGCUUUAUCGUUUUUUCUUCUUCUGAAACGAAUGCACGUACACUUUGCAGCGUUGAAAAGGAAAGAGAGGAAAACGCGUAACCAAAGGAGAACACGUAGCACGAGUGCGCUAGACAAAUACGAGACUAUUUUUAUAAUACUCUUUGAGAUCGUAAGAUUUUAAUUGAAGAGGGGGAAAAGAAAUUUGCCGCAAGCGUUUUUUAAUUCUAGUUGUAGACUUGUCGUUAAUACCACAUUGAUAAAAGGAAUACACUUCUUUUAGGCUCGAACGAAACGACAGAAACGAUAUGUAGGAAAAUAAACGGGAAUAUUUCAUAUUUGAUCGUUGGUUUCUUAACUUUAAGUUCGCGAUGUUUAACGGUUAACGAAAUCAAGUAAAUAAGUGAAUAAUUAAGGAGAUAUUUUAGCCGGGAUAAUCGAUGGAAUUGUUUUCUACGGGAAAACUCGAAACGUUGUGAACUCGGGCCGUUCAAUACGCGGCAGUCUACUUUCCGCGUUCGAUCGAUAUCGCGUAAAUGAUUCUUCAAGCCGUGUCGACUGCUUUUGCAUAAAUUUUGUGAUAAUUUUACGGAUAAACGUGAGAUCGUGUUCAUACCUUUAUCAACGUAUUUUUGCUUAAUCUUUUGCUCGACGUUUAGAGCAGGAACUCGAUUGUUUCUUAGACGAUUCAAAUCAGAGGAAAGCUGGUAAAAGUUCGUCUAAGGCAGAACGAAUUGCUGGAAUUUUUCUUAGAAGGACGAUCAGGUAAUUCCGAAGGAUUCUCGCGAGAAAGUUCGAUAUAACAGAUUCUUCUACAUUUUAUAUACACGUUACGUUCGAUAAUUAACGUUUACAGAGUUUCCCGUAACAGGCGAGAAGAAGGCAACGCGUGUCUGAGGAAAGAAAUCGAAAGGCUCGGAAUUCCGCUUUAUAAAAAUUUGGCAAAUAAACGGUCGAAUCGAUUGUUAUUUAUAUACACACGCGCAGGAGUCUAUUACAAACAAUAUCAUCGUCCAAAAGGAAGCGUACAUUCAAAGUUGAAGUUUCCACUGUACGCUGACGACAUUUUCCCUGAUUCUCUACAAUUAUCAAAAAAGAAAAAAAGAAGAGAAAAGACGAAAUUCCUAGAAUAUCCAUGGAAUCAGCUUCAGCGUGUUACUAUCUCACGUUCGUCCUGCCGCAUCGAUCUCCAGCAAAAUGUCCUGCGUUUCUGUUUGAAGAACCGAACGAUCCUGGAAAAACGAUACUCGUUAAAUUGCACGUUGUCCGAGGAAUUUCGAAAUUUCAUUCCGCGCAUUUUUCCUCUCUUGUCGAUCUCGCAGUUCCAUUUCGACGCUCUCUGCUUCAUAUUUCACUCCUGCGUUCUCCGUUCGACUUUUCAAGCAGAGUCGACCCCGUUGCCUUCUCUCGAACAACGCAACGCCCGUUACCGGAAACUCUGCGCGUAUUACAGCGUUGAACGCGCGUUACCGAAGUGACAAUAUCGAUUCCUCGCUGCGACUCGGCCCCAUGCAAAGUGAUAACGCCUCGAUGACGUUGUUAAUGAAAACUAUCGGCGAAUCGACAUGACGGCGCAAAAGGAUUCACGCGCGUCUCGAUCGUCCACCGUCGGAGGUGUUCGCGUGAUCGUGCGAAACACUCUGCGUAUUCUACGCCACCGCGUGUGUGUAUACUCGUUCGAAGAAAUAUAGUGCGUUGGAAAUUAAUCGUCGAAACGUGUUUUGGCUAUCUGGGCGAAUUUGGCGCGAUUAUCAUUGCUCGAAGAACGUAUAUACUUGGAAUAUGUAUACAUCGCAAUUGUAUCUUGCAGAAUGUUACAUCUUGCGAUUAGACCAAGCGUCCUGUCAAAUGCGCACAGUUUGUCAUUAGAAGUCUGACCGAGAAGAUAAUACGAGAAGAAGGGAACAGAUGUUGUUGGAAAUUGAACAUGAAAAUCGAGUAUGCACGCAUGCUCUCGCGCUGUUUUAUUAAGUCUAGGAAUAUCGUUGUACGAUUCGUGUUGUUGCUCGUGUUUACCGUAUGUUGUACAAAGUGGUCUAUGUAAUUGGAACGAGCGAGAAAGUGCUUGUUUCCUGGUCGUAGUUGCAACGAUAUUUUAUGAUACGUACGUCGUUCUCGUGUAGAAGCGUACGUAGUUUCCGUUUGCAAGGGGACGAUCGUCUCGUUAUUUCGUAUCGACGAAUAUGCUGAUAGACGAGGAGCGAUCGAUUUCACGCUUUAAAUAGCGAUGUUCGUCGAAGAACCGCUUGCCGAAACCGGAAAGCAACUACUCGUUCCAGUUUUAUGGGCCGCUCGGUAUAACGCAGAAUAAUUAGCGAAAUAAGCGUUUCCUCGCUUAAGAACUAUUUCCUGUUAGCCCUCGACUGGCACCUUUGAGUCGUAAUUAACCGCGACAGUUUCCAUUAACAAGGAAAAUUAAGAAGAAAAAAAGAAACAACAACGAAAAGGAAAAGAAUGAAAUCGAGUCAUGUUCCCAAAGUAAACGACUCAACGAUACCAGGAUCGAGGAAAUCAGUUUUUAUUCCAACGUAAUGGUGCUCCGUUACGUUCCUAUGAACGUACUGCGAAAAAUGUUCAACAUCGGCGUCCUCGAAAAGGAAACUUCCUCGCAAGGACGUGGCGUACAAUAUUUUCGACUUACGUUCUCGCGCGCGAUCGUCAUCCCCUUUCGAUUCAUCGACUUUCCACGAACCUCGACUUACGUUCGGUCGCCGAGAAGUUAAAGCUUCUAAUUGUGGAAUAGCGUCUACGCGCUGACGUAUGUCGAUGUAUCAGGUACGCCGUCGUUCGAGGGCUUUGAAUCCACGGCUGCGCUAUAUUUCUUCAAACUGGAGUACGUCUGUACGUGUGUGCAUAAUACGCUGGGAAGCGAGGAGGAGCAAGAGCGCGUAACAGACAGAACGAGGAGGCGACAGCCGUUCGCGUCGUUGUUCGCGCCGUUGUUCGACGACGAUGUAAAGAGGACGUUGUGAAAAACGUAAGAAGAGGAUAAAAGAGGAAAGACAGAGAGGCUAUACACGUGUAGAUUAUCGUCCGGCGGAGUUUUCAAGUAUUUAAGAGGCUAUAGGACACCCUGUACAAUCCGAGCUGUGUAUAUCUUAAUCGCUGUGCAUCCGUGGAGGAACAUAAUAUUUAAACGCGUGUCUGUAUUCCUGUAUCUGUAUAUCCGUGCAACAUGUAAACGGCAUGACAAACAGUUGCAGUACCGUUUUAACGAUUUUAAGCGAAAACAAGUAUAAGCUGACACUAACUAACGGAGUUCUAGUUGUUAGACAUUUAAUCGAGCGUCUUCGUUCGAAGGGCUGUCUCAAGAUAUCGUUUUCAAACGCGCCCAGUUAAUCCAUCGACAGGCCGAACGUUUUGCGUUAACGGGACCUUUCAUUCCGCGAUCUGUUUUUACCAUUUGUCUAUCUAUUAUCGAAUUUCGUCUUUAGACGUUGAAUUACGAUUUUACCAAGUUCCAACUUUAAUUCGUUCUCUUGAUUGAUUUCCCACGCGUUGUCGGUUGUCCUGGUCGUUGAUGGAUUAACGACGCGUCUUUCUCGCGCUCCGCGCGAACAGAUUCGUCUGGCCAUCGACGAUGAAUCCGCGAAUCGCGUCCGGAUCGAACGAUAGAGACGAGUCGAUCGCGAGAGCAACUUUGCACGGCGACUGGCGAAGAUCGAGCUGGACGUAGGAUUUUAUUUCGUUGAAUGCGGAUCAAUCGGGUCGUUGCUUAUGCCAAAUCAUUUUUUUACGAAACGUAUCGACGGACGUGUCGUUGCAAAACUCGCCGAGUAUUACAACCACGAUACAAGGGGUGUCUUCGAGUUUCGAAUCCGAUUUCGGUCACAGAUGGAAACGUAGCGGCGUGAAUCUCGUUUAGCCUUCGUUGUUUAUCUUGUUCUUCGACUCGAAGCCCGGAAAAAGGCCGGUGGAAAGUUAUUUUUAUAUCCUGACAGUAUUCAUCGUCGGCAUAUCCGACUCGUUGCAUAUUCAUCGAAUCUGCGUGGUAUACCGCUCGCCCGUGAGAUUGUUCGCGGUUGCCUGUCAUAAUUUGAGAUAAUAACAGUAGUAGAAUCAAGGACAAACAUCGGCCGUAAUCCGCCAUUAGCGUCUCGAUCGCCAGGAAACGCAAGUUACUCAACUGGAAUUGCAUUUUACCGUGAAAGAGGAAAACAGGCGCCGCACUUACCGCGAGGAAUCGUCGCUGUACGUGAGACUCGCUGGUUAAUAGGAAAAAUCAUCGAUACUGAAGGUUCUUUCUUACGCACAGUGUCUAGUACCUGCAUCUUCAUUUUGUAUUAAAUCCCGAGAUCUGGAUAAUUUUACGACGUUAAAGUAUUUAGAAUAUCGAGAGAUCUUCGCAGUAUUCGAUCGGUUUGUUCUCUGUUUACUCGCAGAAAGAUAGAAGUAAGCGAUCUACGUUGCUCGAAUGUCUGAAAAUCUUCGCUCUACGAUAUUCAAUCUCGCUUCUUAAAGUACGCCACAGUCUUUUCUUUCUUUUUUAAGUUGCCAACACGUGGAACGAUUUGUUUCGAAGUUUUGGAUCUCGGCACGUACGCGUAUCGUUUUCCCUACGUUAAGUCGAGCCAUAGGAAUCGAUGUUCGCGGUUUACGAGGUCAGCAAGCGUUAGGACUUUACAAACGUAACGACUGACGAUGAUUUUCUAUAGUUUUCGAUCCUCGCUUAACGCCAUCGACGACUUUAAGAUAGCAAUCCUUAAAAACGCUUUUAGCUGAUGAUGGAGGGUUGUACCUGCAUCGCGUUGCUCGUUCGUACGAAUUUUUUUUUUUUUAUAUUUGGAUGUAUUUUACAAUCAAUUCUCAUUGAGAAUUAUAAGUAAAUUAUUCCGACGUGGUACUAUAACGUGAAUAAUAAAUGAUUAUCGUAUGUUCGAUUCUAGCUGAAUCUAAUGUUUCAAUCUAGAGGGUAACGUCUAUUUAGUCUGCGGAUCCGAUCCAUGUCAACUUAUUGAGUAACUAAUGGCUUUUAGUGGUUAUUAACUCUUAUUUUAUAUCUAUUACUGAAUUUUGGUAUUUCUUCUUUAACUGUAGGUGCCUUAAGGUCGCGAUGUAUUGUUUCGUUGGUAACAUGCCAUGCAUCUAUUAAGAAUCUUAGAGCUCUUCAUCGUUCGUACGAAUGAAACGCGUUCGUUCUGAUGCGUUUUAUGCACGUGUGACCGACAAUAAGCAUACCAGAUGUGUCGCGUUCACAACUCUUUGCGUUAUGAUCCUCUUCGCUCGAGUAUAUGCAGCAUAUCGUUAGCCUUAAUUUCUCUAUACUUGAAUGGUACGUCGAAAUCGGAAGGAUCUGUGCUCGGCACAUGUACAACUUAAUAAUGUGAAAAGUAGAGUCAGAAUUAAUCCUUUGACUAUGGCAGACUUUGAAACGUAGAAAUUUGAGACGGGGAAAUUUUUUGUUACGCGUGAAUCUCUGAGAAAGUACAUUGAAACGGUUAAAACACUGAAUCCUGUUAUAUUAAAACAAUAUUAUUUAUUCACACGUAUUCUCGUUUGUUCGCUAGUUUCCAGAGAACGGAACACGAAUCAUUUGUUGUUUCGUGUUCGCGUUGCGUGUUCCUCUGGCCUUCUUAUUAUCCCAAUUAUUCGUUUCAAGGAUAUAAGAAAGAAUAACUGUAAAAUAAACGUAUUUAAAUAACGUAUGACUAACAAUCGUUGAGUUAGCGUUCACUUACGUCUGGUUCGAACCAGAUUCGAUGGAAUUAUGGUCGAUCAAAUUUUUCCAACGCGUUUAGGUGCCAACAGUAGCCAAAGGGUUAAAGAGUCGAGCCUUGGUCGAACGUUAUUCGUCGUUCGUAAUUAACAGCACGAUCGUGAGCCGAUGUAACGAGGCAAAAGGCUAGAAAGUAAUUAAGAAAAGUACGUUCACAGAUUUUCCCCGCGUCUAAUUUUACGAAUUAACUUCGGAGGCGAUAGAUUCUCGCGACACAUUUUCUUGAAUUUUUCUCAUCGACAGACGCGUCGCGCUUUAUUACAAUUUUUACGCAUCGUUCGAUUUUUAACCGGACGAGGAAAGAGAACGAGAACGUGUAAACGUUGGCGAAAACGACCGCGAUAACGCGAAGCUUUAUCGCUAGUAUUAUUGCGGUAUAUUAUCAAGGAGGCGAAAAGCCGUGCAAUUAAUUCCGCUCAAUCUUUGCUUCGCAACACCUGCCACGAGCCGCACGGUUUCAACGUCCGGCAACAACUUCGUGGAUACAAAAUCUGUCUCGCGUGACUGCAGGUAAAUUUAGUUAUGUUAUGCGAGACGAUACUAUCCAACUGUACGUAAUAUCUUUUGUUCGAAAGAAGCAUGGAAAAGUUUGGCAAACCUACACUUUUUCCUUUUUCUUCCUCUUAUCCAUCCCCGCGUCGGUCUUCGAGACGAUUAAAGCGGUACGAUGUUAAACGCAAACGGAAACUUGCUCUUUAUUCCUAAAGUUACAUAAUUGAAUUCCUUUGGCUUGAAAAUUUGAAAAGUUAGCUUACGCGAAUGCAAUUGAAUUUUACUUUCGAGAAGCUGCACGUCCACGAAUUCCGACGGGAUUUUUCAAUUUUGAAACUUGUUCGCGUUUAGAAACCGGACGACAAGUUCGCGGCUUCCUCGUUGAAAAAUCCAAACUUGCCGUUGAAUUUAAGUUCCCAUGCAGACUCGGAUCUUUCUACAAUUUUUCGCGAAUAGGCGAAGUUGUAAAAUAACUGUGAACCGAAAAAUCAUUGGGAAUCGCAUAGAUCGUUCUGUCGCUCGUUAACGCUUGCUGGAACCAUGGAAUCGAGAAACAGCCUUCUUCGGCUAUCGAGUCUCCUUGGAAUCGGUUUCGUCUUUAACGCGUCAAUUCUCACGACGUCGGCUCGAAUUAGAUCCGUCAAUAACGCCGCAUUGUAUCAUCGGUGAUCGACGACGGUGGAAUUGAUUAAAACGUUCGACCUCGUUUCGCUCUUCGGAUUAUCCUUGCUCGAGUCGUGUUUUCCUAUCGUUGAAAAAUUUCCCAAGGUAAAACGAGCGAACGAGUCGUCGUCGUUAGAGUACGCGUCACAUCGUACGCUAAUUUUACGCGCAAAUAUUUCCAAAGCACGUUGAAAGUCGUUUUAGACUCAAAGUGAGAUCGAAGCGCGAAAGUUGUAGCCUGGCUAACGUUAAAAAUGAAUACAAACGAUGGGAAGAAAUUUUCAAUGAUUUUGAAUUUCACGCGCGCAGCGGUCGAAAGACAGAGAAUUUUCCGGCUCGGUCAACGCGUUAAAUCGGACUCGCACGACACACCUAAUAUGCUUAUGCGCAGCGCUGCGAGACGAACACGUGCAUCGGUGCCGUAUUUAAUCCCAUUUAAGUACAACAGUAACGCGUUCGACCGCGUGCACUUAAGCUUGUUAUUAUACAUUCGAUGCAACGUUACGUUCGCGAUCGUGCUCGAGAUACUUUUCUAUUCUCGUGCUCGAGACGCGCGGUUCUGCUCCAAGAGCGCGUCUGUCGAUACGACGAUGUGCGUCGAUGCCUAGGAACAUAAACAUUUCCGUAGCUUUGUUCUCUUUCGUCGUAGAGAAUACACGCGAUGAUACGAUCAACUAUGGGAAAUUUCAACACGCAGCUAUAGCGUAACUUCGUCGUAGUUUCGCGUCGAAUUUCCCAUAGAAGAGGAAAAGAAAAAAAAAAAAAAUGAGGAAAAUUACGAAAGGACCUGGUGCCUGCUAAUUAGCGAUAUUCGGUAACAAACGUCUAUUUAGGUGCCAUUUCUUCGAUCGCGUUCGGCAAAAUACGAACGUCGCGCGAACAUCCGCGGUCUAUUUAUCGCUGUAAUAUCUUUGGAUUCGCGCGGACGAAAGAUUUCAGCUUAUUUGCGUGUCAGGAUAAUUUCGAACGUUGCUGGAUCGAAUCGGUAGCUACUUCAGCUUGUUAGACUCUGUUCUCGGAAGAUAAGCUUGAAGAUUGUUCGCGAAUUGGUCGUUCGUCGAAAAUACACAAAGUUUCGGUGUUUUAAAUGCUACUUUCCUGUGGAAAGCCAAGGCAGAUUCGUUUUUCUAAGGGACAAUUUUACGCUGAGAUUAGUGGGUUACUUGAUGCGCGAGAUUUCGGUGUUUUACAACAAGACGCUUUCCUGUGGAAAGCCAAAGUAUUUGAUUUUCUGAAACAUGAUUUUACGUAGAAAUCGCAUGAACAGUUGUUUCCUUGGAAUAUAAGAUUCCGGUGUUUUGUGGGAUACUUUCCUAUGGAAAGCCUUCUUCCUCCAACAUCGAAGCUUCUCAUCUUUCUCAGUUUCGUUGGACGAUAUUUUUCUACUUAAAACAAAAAUCACCGACGUACGUGUAAGCAUCAGUCGUCGGAUGUGUUUUGGCGAUCGAUAUCUUUAGCAUUUUCGCGGCUACGCGUAUCCUCUUCUGUCCGGUUACUUCGCUUCAUCCCCUUUACGUUAGAAACCACGAGGCGUGCAGAUUUUCGCUUCUCCGCUUAAAACACCAGGCAAACGCCGUUUAUUCUCCUUAAUCAGGCUAAUCCAAACACGAUCACGCUCGCACGUAGCUUCGCGUUCGAUUCCGCGAUCAUCUUGUUACGCCUCACGCUCCACGAUGACGAAUUUCUACAGCCUAUCGACCCUCGUCGCGUUUAUGACAUUGACGCGAGAGGCAUGAUUCGAGGUCAUCGACGAAAAUCAAUUCGCCGAUCUCCCGAUACCACGCCCUUGCGCUUUCCUCUCGACGAAUUCAAGCGGAUGGACCGGUCGUUGAAACGCGUCACGCUUUUACGCAGCGGACGACAGUGUCACGUAGGAGACACGAGAAAUCACGAAACCGAUGAUCUUGUGACAUCAAUCGCAUCUUAAUCUACACCAGAGAUAGGACAUCGACCCCCAAGCUUCGGACUCUUUUGCACGCGUCUCCGCCUUAUCAUCAUAGCCUACACCGAGCCUAAAACACACCUGAAUCUCAUCGUAGAUAAAAUAUCGACCCCUGACCUUUGAACUCUUUUGCACAUCAAAACGUACACCGAGCCGCUCAACAUCCCCAAAGCAAAACGCAUAUAAGCCGAGACUUGAGCCAGCUCGAGCAGUUCUUGUUCAGUCUUUCUCUGAUUCAGUAUCAUUCUACCUCUGUAAAAUCAUUGUAAUCAUUGUAUUUAUAAUAAAGUUCGAUAAAAGAAAGUUAACAGUUGAGUUACGGCUCAACCUUCUUUUCUUUUAUAAUCGAGGUCUCGAGUUUACGUGACAAUCUCCUCGCGUCGCAGUCCGAACGUUUCACGAAUAAGACGAAGAUAUUGAACUUUGUAUAUGAUAAUAGAAUUUAUUAUGCAAAUCCAACAGAGUGACGGUUCAAAGUGUUACAAGAGACUGGGGCGAGCGCUUUCGCAGGGUUUUUAUACCGAGCUUUUAGUUCCUCUGGAGGAGUUGUCGUCUGGUGUAUCUCAGAGGCGCCUAUUCCCUUAGUAUUUGGUUCUUGUUUCGAUGACUGUGGUAUGCAGGAUGUGUAGCUUAUCCUAUUACAGUUUCUGAGCGGGUGGUCUUCUUGAGCGUGUGACAACAGCAAAGCGCGGGACAUGUUGUUUUCCUCCUACUUGUGUUCGUACUUUUCUGUAACGUGCUUAAAAACGUGUUGUUUUCGUUACGCUCGGCGAGCCGUCGAUAAGUGGAAACGCGUUCGAAGCGGAUGAGGAGGCGUUCCGUGGCAAACAGAAGCGUUUUGCGAGCCGCGAUACGUUUAUGUAACGCCGCUGACGAGCCUACGCGGCAAGCGGAUAAUUUUUUCGCGCGAGAUCAUUCGAUCGAACGCCGAGAGAACGUCGCAACGCGGAAACGUAAUUAACGCUCCGAUGAUCGCUGCUGGUGCAGUCUGCCAUAAUCGUGCUUGGACAGAACAAGACGUAUAAAAAAGAUUUCCCGAUGGGACGAGCAUCGAGAUGAACAUUUUCUUCUGUUCUCGUCGGUUGGCCAUCGAAGCUUCGAAUUUUGACAACUUUUCGUCGAUCGAUACCGCCGUUCAACCUCGUGUCGUUUCUCUUGACGUAGCUACGUCAUCAGGUCAGCAGUUGAAUCGCUGUUGUUUCCUAGAAUUGCAAUAAUUAGGGAGCAAGAGCGAGCUUCGUAAAUUUUCUUUGUCAAAAAUUUAGCAUGGAAAGUUGCUGUUGACGUCGAUACGUAUCCGCUGUAUCAUUUUGUUAAAUAAUUGAAAAACGUCUCGUUCAGGCUGAUGGAUGAUCCAUGGUGUUUGGAUUACACGAAACUGUACAAACUUGAAUAUAAAACGAUCGGGAAAAAGGCGACGCGACGUCUUUUCUCGUAGAUGAGAUGGCGAAUGCAGCGAGGUAUCUGAUGAUACGGAAUGGUCGAGAGCGACGAACGGCGUUCCUCGUCAACGACGAUCGUUAAAUUAUUAAAUUGCUCGAGCGAAUAAAAAUGUUGUCGCGUUCGCACAAAAUUCAGCUGUAUCGAUUAACUGGUAAGGUCUGAGCGGAAAUAUACGCAGCGAAGGAGAGGAGAAGCUAGCGGAAUUUGCAGAGAGCAAGGUUAAUCGCUAUUAAUUACGAUAAUUGCGUUUGCUUUUUAAGUAUUUCGAUGUAACGUUGGAUAGAGAUGGCGAAUAGAGAUGGAAAUGACGCGCUCGGAUUCGAUGCAACAUUUAUUAUCCUCCUCACGCUGUUGCGCGAAGGAUCGUCCUAUCUCUUCUUCCUAUGAAAACAAUUCAUUUCCAAGCGAAUUAUGUUGCCUCGUAAAAGAGACCUUUCCGAUGUUUAUCGUGGAAAGAAGAUCUCAUCGAACAGUUACAGCUUUAUAACGCAAAACGUGUCCAAGGAGACAGUAACAAUCGACCUUCUUCUUUUUCUUCUUCCUAUUGAUACAAACUUUCACCUGUUCCUUUUAGCCUAACGCGUAAUUCCGCUGCGAAAUUUCUUUUAUUCCAAUGUUACGACUGCGAUUAGAAAGACCUUAAUCUAUCUAUGUUUUGUAACUUGCGAAUGCGCGAAUCGCGAGGACGCAAAUGUACCUGCACCGCGCUGCAGAUAAGAGGAAGAGGAGCGACGCGAUCGCCGGGUAGACGGAGUCGUCGAUUCCUUGCGAAACGACGUAGCCGAUUAACGUCGCGUGUUGGAUCUUCGCUAGAUCCAUUGAAAUUUCAACGAGCGUGAAAAGAACGAGGGAAUACGAACGAGAUGGCGAAGGGAAGAGCGUGACGAGGAUAAUAACGAGCGGAUUCGAUCGAUCCUAUCGUUUCUUAGCCGUUUGCAGACGCCAGAUGGCCGCGAUAUAAUAUAUACAUACAUAUAUAGAUAUAUAGGUACUUAAGAAGAAUCGUGAUUCGUGAAAUUCGCCGGCUCGUUAAAUUGAAUUCCGCCUGGGAAUAGGAAUGAUGCUCGCCUCGACGAGAUUGUUAUCAUUGUACCUAAAAAAGAGAGAGAGAGAGAGAGAGAGAGAGUGAGAGUGAGAGAAAGAGAGAAAGAGAAGAAACUAUAGAUAUUAACGAGAAAGAAGAGACAGAAAGGACACGCACCGUCGUUCUCUCGCUAUUUAUCGUAUUGUAACGAUGGGUGUGAUCAUAUGCCGGAAAAUAAAACUACUAUUACUCUAAAUGGA